AUGGUCAUCGACAGUACACGGGCCUAUCGUCCCUUGUGGAUCUGCUUUCGAGUACUGGUUCCGACGUUUUUUGGAGCUCGGUCACGUACGGUUUUUGUACUCAUGGUGAUAGUGCAUUUUCUGAUAACUGUUAUGUUUCCAUUGCAUCUGCUGUUGGGUCUGAUGUUGCAGGGGACACCAGCCGAACGGCUGAAGAACCUAACGUUAAGUAUAUUAUCUACCGCGUGCAGUUUGAAGCACAUCAUGCACGUGUGGCACCUGCCGCAGAUGAUGGAGAUUGAAAAACUACUGCAUGAACUGGAUAAGAGUGUCCAGAGUGACGAGGAACAUCACUAUUGCCAGGAGACGCUGCAGUGUCAUGUUAAUCGCAUCACUCGCUGCAUUUAUACAAGUUUCGCCGUCGUCUACAUAGCGUACAUUCCCACUAUCCUUCUGGCUAUUUUGGCAGAGCCCCGUGAAUUAUUGUAUGUGGCCUGGUUGCCCUUCGACUGGCGGCAGAGUGGCUUGCAUUAUAGCUUGGCCUUUAGCUAUCAGAUUCUCAGCAUUAUGAUCGAAUGUAUGCAGGCUCUAGCUAAUGAUAUUUAUUCCCCGCUAACGUUGUGCUAUGUGAGCGGUCAUAUUCAUCUGCUUGGCAUACGUGUGUCGCGUCUAGGAGUUUAUCAAAAAAGCGAGAGGCAAACUCGUCAGCAAUUGCGUGCCUGUUUCGAGGAUUACAGUCUAUUAAUGAGACUAUAUCAGCUGACGAGAGAGACGAUUAGCAGUGUACAGUUCAUACAAGUGGUGUUCUGUGGCACAAAUCUCUGCAUAGUCGUCUCCUAUGUGCUAUUAUUUGUGAGGGACACGCUGUCGCUGAUGUAUAAUGCCGUUUUAUUUAUCGUCAUCUGCCUGCAGCUCUUUCCCAGCUGCUAUUUUGCCAGUGAUGUUGCUGAGGAAGCGUGUCAACUGCCCUAUGCCAUCUUCUCGAGCAAUUGGUAUGAACAAUCGGCCCAUAUACGACGCAAUAUACUCGUCUUUACUCAAUUGACGUUAAGAGUGGCAAAUCAAAGGAUGAUGGCCGGAUUCCUUGAGCUCAAUCUGAAUACAUUUUUUACCACGUUGAAAAUGGCAUAUUCGCUCUUCGCUGUGGUGUCGCAAGUUAAGAAUUAA